AGCCCCACCGUGAUCUGCGGGGCGCAACUGCUGCAAAGUUUGCAGAGCCGUCUGCUACACCUCGAGUUGUCGGAACAUCAGCGUGCCCUGAGGUGACCUGCCCGAGCUGCGCGGUGCCUGCAGGUUGCGGACCGCUCUGUAAAAGAGCGUUUUAGCCACGCACCGAGCGCUGUGGGAAGUCAAGUGGAACGGUUUGCUCCGCAGACGCGCCGCUGCUGAGCUACCUGCAGGUCGCUGCUUUCUUUGUGAAAACUGGAGUCUUUGCAAGCCUGGACUGCACAGCAAUAAGAAACAUGGCCGAGCUUUCUGAGCCAGAAGGACCAGUAGAUUGGAAGGAACGAUGCGUAGCUCUGGAGUCUCAGCUCAUAAAAUUUAGAGUUCAAGCAAGCAAGAUAAGAGAGCUUUUAGCAGAGAAGAUGCAGCAACUUGAGAGACAAGUUAUUGAUGCUGAACGUCAAGCAGGAAAAGCUUUUCAACAGGUACAAGUUAUGGAGGAGAAAUUAAAAGCAGCUAACAUUCAAACCAGUGAAUCAGAAAUGAGACUAUAUAAGAAGUGUCAAGAUCUGGAAUCUCUCAUGCAGGAAAAGGAUGACAUUAUUCAGAACUUGGAGCUGCAACUUGAAGAACAGAAACAAAUCAGAAUACAAGAAGCUAAAAUAAUAGAAGAGAAAGCAGCUAAAAUCAAAGAAUGGGUAACAGUAAAAUUAAAUGAGCUAGAAUUGGAGAAUCAGAAUCUUCGUUUGAUCAACCAAAAGCAAACUGAAGAGAUAAGAGCAGUACAGUCAAAACUACAAGAAGCUCAAGGGAAGAAGUCUGCUGUCACUACACCAAAACUUUCGGAAGGGCAGCGUCUGAGCAGUUUGACAUUUGGAUGCUUUUUAUCUCGAGCAAGGAGUCCUCCUCAAAUAGUAAAAUAUGAGGAAAUACCUAAGCUAUCAUCUAAAGAACCUGAAUUCACCGAAGGAAAAAACAUAGAAGUGGAAAUUCCAGAGAAGUCUGCUGAUCACCAGGUUCAAGAAAGCGACAGAGGCCCGAGAACAUUGCACCAGGCCCCUUGCAGCUCAGAACAAAACCGGAAAACGAGAACCAGCUGUGCAACAGAUGGUGGCACAUCCCAGAAUUCUGUGGCUCCUGUGAGUGACUGGAGUUCUGACGAGGAAGACGGGAGCAAAGAAAGGCCGAAGUCCAGGUGCACAUCCACCCUCUCCAGCCACACGUCGGAGGAGGGUGUCCAGUGUGGCCGGCUGGGGAGCGAGGCGUAUCUGACGGCAUCUGAUGAUAGCAGCUCUAUAUUUGAGGAAGAGACUUUUGGCAUAAAGAGGCCAGAACACAAGAAGCUGUAUUCUUGGCAACAGGAGGCCCAGUGGAAGGCUCAGAAUAGUCUUCUUGGAAAGGGAAGUUGUGAAUCAAAUAAGAAGGAGCAAGACAGUUCGUCGGAUGAACUCAGUAAAAGAUUUCAAUCCCAGACACUGGAUUAUUCAUCCUCAUCUAGUGAGACCAACACUCCGAGUCCUAUUUUAACUCCUGCCUUAGCUCCAAAGCAUCCUAACUUGCUCCCUGGAAAAGGAGCAGCAUUAGUGCCCUCAUCACACCUGCCACCCCCAAAGUUAAGGAUCCCUAAUGUUUUCAGCAUAAGUGUAGCGCUCGCCAAAAGGCACUUAAGCCAGCCACAGUUAAGCUCUGACAGGAUGUUUGGUACAAACAGAAAUGCUAUAAGCAUGAUACGGCCACUGAGACCUCAGGAGACAGACCUAGAUCUAGUGGACUGUGACAGUGACAUUUUGGAGACUAUGGACACAAGUUGUGAUGAUGGGUUAUUUUCCUAUGACUCCCUGGAAUCGCCGAAUUCAGACGACCAGGAAACCUGUGACUCAGCGAAGAAGGCAGCGGGCAGCAAACCCCCUACUCCUCCUCUGCACCGGUUUCCCUCUUGGGAAGGGAGAAUUUAUGCUGUAGCCAAAUCAGGCAUUCGAAUGUCUGAGGCCUUCAAUAUGGAGAAUGUUAACAAAAAUUGUGCGACCAUGCUUUCCUAUACCACGUCCGGACUCUAUACAUCUCUGAUAUACAAGAACUUGACAACCCCAGUGUACACAACGUUAAAAGGGAAGGCGACCCAAAUAAGUAGCAGCCCUUUCCAGGAUGACUCCUCGUCGGAAGAUGAGGACGGCUCCAGGUGCAGCUCACAGACGUCGGAGUCCGAGCCGCGCAGCCGCAGUGGGCCUGGCAGCCCCAGGGCCUUGAAGCGAGGCGUGUCUCUGAGCUCCGUGGCUUCUGAGAGUGACUACGCUAUCCCUCCGGAUGCCUACUCCACAGACACACAGUGCUUGCAGCCCGAGCAGAAGCUCCCCAAAACCUGCUCCUCGUCCAGUGACAAUGGGAAAAAUGAACAACUGGAAAAAUCUGGCUAUCUAUUAAAAAUGAGUGGGAAAGCCAAGACUUGGAAGCGGAGGUGGUUUGUUCUGAAAGGAGGUGAAUUACUUUACUAUAAAUCUCCGAGCGAUGUAAUUAGAAAACCCCAGGGCCAUAUUGAACUAAGUGCAUCCUGCAGUAUUUUAAGAGGAGAUAACAAACAAACAGUUCAGCUGACCACUGAAAAACACACGUACUACCUGACUGCAGAUUCUCCCAAUAUACUGGAAGAAUGGAUUAAAGUGUUGCAGAAUGCUCUCCGAGUACAGGCUGCUAACCCACUCUUCCUGCAGUCUGAGGGCAAACCAGCAGUGAAAGGACUGCUCACUAAGGUAAAACAUGGCUACUCCAAGAGAGUCUGGUGUACACUCAUAGGAAAGACAUUAUAUUAUUUUCGUAGUCAAGAAGAUAAGUUUCCUUUAGGUCAGAUCAAACUGUGGGAGGCUAAAGUCGAAGAGGUAGACAGGUCCUGUGAUUCAGAUGAAGAUUAUGAAGCCAGCGGCCGCAGUCUGUUAUCCACUCAUUAUACUAUCGUCAUCCACCCCAAAGACCAAGGUCCGACUUACCUCUUAAUUGGAUCCAAGCAUGAAAAGGACACUUGGCUUUAUCAUCUAACUGUUGCAGCUGGAAGUAACAAUGUAAAUGUUGGAUCUGAAUUUGAACAACUCGUUUGCAAAUUGCUAAAUAUAGAAGGAGACCCUGCCUCCCAGAUAUGGAGACACCCCACUUUGUGCCACAGCAAAGAAGGAAUCCUUUCCCCUCUGACGACACUGCCUUCCGAAGCUCUGCAGACAGAGGCUAUAAAGUUAUUUAAGACCUGCCAGCUUUUUAUAAAUGCUGCAGUUGACUCCCCUGCAAUCGAUUACCACAUAUCUCUAGCCCAGAGUGCUUUGCAGAUCUGUCUGACACAUCCUGAGCUACAGAAUGAAAUUUGCUGUCAGCUUAUUAAGCAGACAAGACGAAGACAGCCGCAGAACCAACCAGGACCGCUGCAGGGCUGGCAGCUCCUGGCGCUCUGUGUUGGGCUCUUCCUUCCCCAUCAUCCUUUCCUGUGGCUCCUCAGGCUCCACCUAAAGAGGAAUGCAGAUUCCAGGACAGAAUUUGGAAAAUAUGCCAUUUACUGCCAGCGGUGUGUAGAAAGAACACAACAGAAUGGAGACCGAGAGGCGAGACCCUCACGAAUGGAAAUUCUGUCUACCCUGCUUCGAAACCCUUAUCAUCACUCGCUGCCCUUCAGUAUACCAGUGCACUUCAUGAACGGGCUAUACCAGGUCGUGGGGUUUGAUGCGUCUACCACAGUGGAAGAGUUUCUGAAUACUCUGAACCAGGACACAGGGAUGAGGAAGCCGGCGCUGUCGGGAUUUGCACUGUUCACCGACGACCCUUCUGGCAGAGACCUAGAGCACUGCCUUCAAGGAAGCAUCAAGAUUUGUGACAUUAUUUCCAAAUGGGAACAGGCAUCCAAGGAACAGCAGCCUGGGAAGUGUGAAGGUACAAGAACUGUUCGUCUGACUUACAAAAGCAGACUGUAUUUCUCAAUGCAAGCUCACGGAGAGACGGAUAGAGAAAAGUUGCUGUUAAUGUAUCAGACCAAUGAGCAAAUAAUAAAUGGCCUUUUCCCUCUGAACAAGGACCUGGCCUUAGAAAUGGCAGCUCUCUUAGCUCAGGUGGAGAUUGGAGAUUUUGAAAGACCUUUCUCAACUCCAGCAGGGCAUGUUACCAACCAGUGCAAAGCAAAUCAAACGCUAAAGCAAGUCAUAGAAAAAUUUUAUCCUAAAAGGUAUAGAGAUAGCUGUACUGAAGAACAGUUAAGGCAGCUUUACCAACGACUGUCAACCAGGUGGAUGGCCCUGCGGGGACGCAGCGGUGUGGACUGUGUGCGCAUUUAUUUGACAGUAGCCCGGAAGUGGCCAUUCUUUGGUGCCAAGUUGUUUUUUGCAAAACCCAUAACGCCAUCAUCACUUGGAAAUACUUUCAUAUGGCUGGCUAUCAAUGAAAAUGGCUUAAGCAUCUUAGAAUUUAACUCCAUGAGAUUGUUAAUCAGCUAUGCAUACAAAAGUCUAAUGACCUUUGGAGGUUAUCAAGAUGAUUUUAUGGUAGUCAUUAACAAUUCACAUUCAAAAGACAAACCAACAGAGAAAUUACUUUUUGCCAUGGCAAAACCCAAGAUUCUCGAAAUCACUCUUUUGAUUGCCAGUUACAUCAACAACUUCCACCAACAAAGGGCAGCGUUCCAUCACCUCUCUGCCCCAGCACUGCUUUCCAUCAAGGCCCAGGAGCCCCACGCCAGGGCGAUGGGCAGCCAGCCCCUGCUGUCAGGCAGCAGGCCCACCAAAGGCCCCACCCUGCUCUGAGAGCUCAGGAGCCUGGACACCACUCCUCGUCCCUGUGAGGGGGCUACGUCAGCUGCGCCAUGAUGACUGACACUGUCCCAUCGCGCCACACGCCAGUGUUCGAGACGUCAGCAAUUCCUGGGGUUGCUACCUCUUAUCUGAUUCCUAAAUAGCCAAGCAAUAGUGAAACAAACACAAAAUUUGCCAACCUGCUCAUUUUCUCUUAGAUUAAAUAGGUUAAAAUUUGUCAUUUGCCCAUCCCCCUUCUCUCUGGCCAUCAAAGACAUCAGUGAAAAUGACAUUUUUUUCCCCUUUUAAAUAUCCUGGCACUCUCAAGGAAAGGAGAUUCCAAGCUUUCAUUUGUUAACCAGUUGACUAUUUGGGAAAGCUCACUGCCCAAACUAUAAGCACUGUAAUUAAAUGUGCUUUUCAUUAAUGAGAUGGCAUUUGGAAAGGAGUGGGAUACACAGCGUAGGGAGCAGCUGUGGGGUGGGGUGCUGGGGGAAAUUCUUAGAGCAAGUGCAAUAAAUCUUCUGGCUCUGUGAAUCAUUACGUGAGAAGACAGGAGUCCGGUAACCACGACCUCCUCGGCGGUAUUAGAAAGUACAGCUGCCACCUGUGCAGAUCACUGGUGUGUAAAGUUUAAAGUGAGACUGGGGACUCCUGACCCUUCUCCUAGAACAAGUUCACUGGAAUAGUGCCCAGUUGUCAGUGCAUUUGGUGCUAGGUCGACGUGACCUUGCUUCGUUAAAUAGCAGUGUCUUUGCAAUAGAGAUAGUCCUUACAGCGCCGCCCCUCAGACAGUUCUAAUUAUAGCUUAAAAAUAAAUUCCAAAAAUUUUUGUUCUAAAAGAAAAUAAUUCUUCUGUCAAAGUAGGUAAAUUUUAAUUGGAAGAGUAUUAAAAUGUAUUACUACACCAGGUCAUAAAUAAGUGCCCAGUACACGCUAACGUGUCAGAACAGUAUCAUUGGUAUUCACGAUAAAAAUGGAACUGUGAUAAAACAUGAAAAUUCUAUUAUAGAAAUGUUUAACUGUAAUAGUGAUCAUGAGUAUAGUUAACUUGAUGUGUAGAAUAUUUGUAUUUAUUUUUUGAACGUAUUUAUCACUUCUUGUGUCGUAUUUUUUAAGCAGUUCAGAAGUGUUAGCUGCUGAAUUAUUUUGUUGGCAGGACCCUCAUGUUCUCUUUCCUGCUUUCUCUGCGGCAAUGUACUGUUCUCACAGCCUCUCAGAAAUGUUCCCUCCUUAGAAGAAAGGCAGAGCCGGGUGCCGGGGCACACGCCUGUAAUCGCAGCACUGGGGAGGCUGAGGCAGGAGGGUCAUGAGUUUGAGACCAGCCUGGGCUAC